AUGCUGUGGUGGAAGUUGCUUUACUGCUUUACUUCUCACCAAGACAAUCUGCGAGAGGACUGGGGGCUGGUGCCAGCCGAGGGGAAGCAGGGUCCGAGUGAAUCGAGACCCACAACUACUCCGUAUUCUCCACCGGACACCUGGAUAACUUCCGGUGGAAGCUCAGCCCAGCAAAUCUCCGAUAUGGUCCUGCUCGAUCUCCCGUGGUUAACCCCAAUCAAGCACCAGCUCGAUUCUGCCUUUAAUGAAUGUCGUAAUCAGAAGAUGAAUGUCAGAAGCUUAUCUGCCGGAGGGGUUAUGCCAGGCCUCCCAAGCUCGCUCAAUAUCCGCUAUUUCCGCCAGCGCGCCCAGCGCAUACGGUUCUUCUUGUGGACGCUGCGCAUUUCCCUCGGAGUUGGAAUAGUCACUAUUGCGGUUGGAAUCGUGAUGGGCGUGGCUCGUCGUAUUGCUAGGUUUGCUCUGCACAACGUCCAGCACUCUGGACCCGAUGCUUUGGGGGUGGGGGGUUGCCAGUAA